AUGGGUCGCAAAAAAAUUAAUAUAACUCGUAUUAUUGACGAGCGUACUCGUCAAGUAACAUUUACGAAAAGAAAAUUCGGUUUAAUGAAAAAAGCCUAUGAACUAUCAGUUUUAUGUGGUUGUGAAAUAGCAUUAAUGAUAUUUAAUAGCAAUGAUCGCCUAUUUCAAUAUGCAUCAUCUGAUAUGGAUAAAGUCUUAUUGAAAUAUGCUGAUUAUAACGAACCACAUGAAUCAUGUACAAAUGUCGAUAUAAUCGAUAUUUUAAAUAAAAAAAUAAAACCAACACAAGUGGCAACAUCAACUAAUAAUGACGAUAAUGAAAUCAUGGAACAACAUGAUGAUAAUAGUGGCGAACAAACUGAUAGUGGUAUUAGUAGUACAUUUACUAAUGACAUUGAACAAAUGUUUGCUGAAACAGUCAAUAAUUUUCUUAUCAAUAGCAAUCUUAAUUGUUCAUCAACAAAUGGACAUGAUAUGACAUUCCUUAAUAAUACAAAUACAACAGUUCUACCGGAUUUUCAAUAUUUAACAUCGCCAUCAGGUGAACAACAACAACAACAACAACAACAACAAUUAACAUCACAGGUACCACCACCAGCAACAACAACAACGAAUCACAUUCCCAUUUAUCCUAUUCCGAAAUCAGUUGAUUGUAAUCAAUUUAACAAUAACAUUACCAAUAAUAAUCAUUCGAAUACAAAUCAUAUCAAGCAGCAACCAUCAAUGAACAGUUUUACAACUCAACAACCAACAACAAAUAUUGGCCGUAUUAUGACAGUUGGUCCAGAUAUGAGUGUUUCAGCUAUUGACAUAAGUGCACUGGCAUCACAACUAACAUCAAACUUUUUAGCAUCAUUAACUAAUGCUGCCGUUGUAACAAAUACUAAUAAUUCAACAGCAAAUUUACCUAUUAAUAUAAUAAGUCGUGAUUGUCAAACAACAAAUGUUGGUUCAGCCCAAACAAUAAUGUUAACGAAUAGUCCGAAUUCAAUUAUUCUUACUGGACAACAGCAACAACAACAACAAGGAAUAAAUCGAAAUUUAAUUAAACAAGAACCAAUUCUUUAUACAACAACAACAGCUGCAAAUACUGGACGAAACGAGUUGUGCUAUGAGCCAACGAGUGCUAAACAAACUCGUUUAUGGCAAUAA